AUGACAGACUACAAUCAAUUUACUUGCGACGAACUGAUUAUUCCUUUUCACGUCGAUCUGGGAUUCCAUUUGAUUCCAAGCAUUGUGAUGCUUUUCGACAUUCUCUUGCUCUCGCCUCCCUGGACAAUCUCCGCCCUUCCAGCUAUGGGUCUAUCCAGUUGCAUCGCUUUUGGUUACUGGUUCUGGAUUGAAAAAUGCUACGCUAUCAACGGAUGGUAUCCUUAUCCGCUCUUCGAGUUGUUAGAUACUAAGGGACGCAUUGGGCUCUUCUUUGAUUCGAGCAUAACCAACUGGGCCGGCAAGGCAGUUACGACAUCUUCGCUGAGCUUGGAAAACCACAACUCUUCUAGCACGACACAGCAUAGCACCAGCACCAGCGGAAUUUCACUCUUUUGCUGGUUUUCAACUCCGUUCAGCAAGAUGCAUUCUUCAGUUGCCAAUGCUUCUCUGCGGAAUGCCGUGUUGGGGGGCUCUCGCUUUUACUGCUGCUUUACUCCGUUCACACCAACAACCACUUUCCCUCAACACUCUUCACGAACCAAGCACGCCGUCCUGAAGCGCUAUAUCAGCGGAUUGUCGACAAAAUGUCCCAUUGACCAUAAAAAUAUCUCGAUGAACAGCCUUGCGCGAACACAGAUUCCUCUCCAAAGGGCGGCCACUCCCUCAAGCUCACGCCUCUCGUCGCAGUUUAUCAUCACAUCCAUCAAGCGCAACUUCAGCGAAUCUGCCGGUCUCCGCGCGCGGGCCUCGAAGCAGACCCAGUCGGAUACUAUCAGUAAGAAAAGUGCCGCAGCGUUGCUUGACUGGAACACAUUCUUCAAAUUGCGCGCCUCUCGCCGGCGCUACUCACUUGCUUCCUCAAUUCUUACGUCCUUUGUUAGCACUGCCAUUGGCGUUCAAGUACUUUCUACGCAGGACAUUGACACACUCGGUGCGCAAGUAAUGGGGCUAGAUCCUUUCAUUGUCCUUGGUAUUGCUACGGCUGCUUGCGGUGCUCUGGGAUGGCUCAUCGGCCCGAUUCUCGGCAAUACGCUCUGGGGUCUCGUCAACAGACAGUACCGGAGUGGUAUUGCUAUUAAAGAGAAAGAAUUUUUCGACCGCAUCAAGCGCUUCCGCGUCGACCCCUCUGCCAACUCCAUUGCGAAUCCCGUUCCUGACUACUACGGCGAGAAAAUCGGCAGUGUGCAAGGCUAUCGGCAGUGGCUGAAGGACCAGCGGGCCUACAACCGAAAGAAGUCGAGGCACAUUCUAUAG